AUGCAGCCUCCAUGGCAGGCUCUCUCAACCAUAUGCGCUAUAUCGCAUCCACAUCUUUCACGCACACUAUUUCCCCAGGCAAAAGUUUUUCAGCUCUCGAGAACCAAGUACAAAGGCGACUGUUUCCCAAAAUGUUACUGCUCUCCAGGCACGAUAGAUGCGACGUACUAUUUGGAGCUACCAUACUGCACAGAGCAUGGCAGCGAGGAGCCAACAGACAAAUUGGACCCUGUGCCGGCAAUUCAGCGUAAUGUCCCUGCCGGCGCCAGUCAGGCAUUUGACCUAACUCUGCGGCUCACAGCCGUUGUCGAGGAGUUUGACUUCAACUGCAUAAUGAAGCUCUAUGAUUCAGAGCUAAACCAACUUGACAUAAAAUCAUUUGACCUCCUGACAGGCAAGGCAGCAGUAAGCGUCUCAACAACCUGUACAACGGCUGGGUACUGGGUAGUGAACUUCGACUUGGCAACACGGCCUGAUGAUCACACAAAACUAGAUAUGGAGUUGCCAGGGGGUGUAACGAAUCCUGCAGGAGAGGUCGUAGUCAUCGAACCGCCUGAAGCAAGCAUCGUAAGACGCUACGAAAAGAAAGGAAACAACGAAAAAAUGAAGCAAAGAAGCAUGCAAUGGAGGAGAAAAAACGUAAACAGAAAGCAAGAAAGGAAGGUGCGAAGGCAAGCUAUCUUGCAAACUGGGGGCGCAGUAGCGGAGGAAAGCAAAGCAGCGACAGAGGAAACGAAGGAACCGUCUCUUCUUCCGGAGCUGCCGCUUCAGAAAGAGAUACUGAAAGCAACAGAUGGAAAGAGUCUAACGAUGGUGAAAACCGCAGUAACAGCAGUAACUAUGAUGUCAACAAUGAAGAAAGCAGCCUAA